UGUCAAUAUCAUAAGUUAUUACUACAAAACCGAAUUGCCACAUUUGAUGAAUCGAACCUUACUAAUCAACCUCCAGAUCCUGUUACAAUUUAUAAUGCAAUUCAAUUUGUUUCACAAGCGUGGAAUAAAGUUUCUGAAGAUGUAAUUAUUCAUUCUUGGCAAAAAACAGGUAUUCUUUAUUCUACAGAAAUUGACGAAUUUAUGGAUUCAGAAUCUCUUAAUAAUUAUACAAUAGGUAAAAUGCUUACGGUCAAAGAUAUUAUAGCAAAGAUACAAGAAAAUGAGUCUGAAGAAGAACCAGAACGGCAAAUUAAACCUGUUACAGCAAUUCAAGCCAUUACAGAAUUGGAUUCAGUAUUAGGCUAUAUUGAACAACCAGAGUCAAGUUUUAAGAUUGAUAUUAAAGUUUUCUCAGAACUCAAGCAAAUAUGA